GAUAUUUAAACGUUCUGCCAAAUCUAUCUGCUUCUUGGCUUCCUUGCCAUCCCCUUGCCCAUGCUGGAAAAAGGCUUUAAGGGUCAGAGAUCUGAGUCCAAGCCGGGUGUGCUGAGUGGUGGCAUCUCAGAGACCAGCAUGGAGCACCAAGGAGCAGACUGCAGAAUCCCAAAAAGCUUUUCUACCAUUUGUCAAGGAUGGUGAUGGAGCCAUAACAACAGAAGCAUCGGGAAUUGUAACGAGGUCUCUCAGGCAGAAUCUCACAGAAGCCGAGGUACAGGACAUGAUCAGUGAAGUGGAUGCUGAUAGUAACGGCACACUUGACUCCUUGGAAUUUCUGGCAAUAAUGGCAAGAAAAAUGAGACACAGUGAAGAAGAAAUUGGAGAAGCAGUCCACGUGUUUGAUAAGGAUGGCAAUGGCUGUAUGAAUGCAGGGCUUGGCCGUGAUGACAAAUUUGGUGGAAAAGUGAGCAGAUGCUGAGGCUGAUGAAGUGAUCAGGGAAGCAGAUAUUUGGUCAAACUAUGAAGAGUUGGUACACAUGAUGACAGCAACGUGCAGGGAAUUUGAAGAGCAAUGCCGGUCGCUGGGGUGCUGCGGCAGGUUGUGGGCCAGAUGCUGGGGAGCCCAGCCUAUGGCUGUUGGAUCUCUGCCCCACUGGCCCAGUUUCUGAGCACCUCCCCCCGGCAAAUUGCAGCAGAUGCCAACUUCCACUCUGCCUCUUUCUCUGGAACGGAGCAGCCACGUGUCUUAAUUACAGGGGGUCUUGGCCAGCUUGGAGUGGGGCUUGCUAACUUUUUGAGGAAACGAUUUGGGAAGGACAAUGUGAUUUUAUCCGACAUCAGGAAACCACCUGAUCACAUCUUCCACAGUGGCCCGUUUAUUUAUUCUGACAUUCUGGAUUACAAGAAUCUUCGGGAGAUCGUGGUAAACAACCGCAUCACCUGGUUGUUUCAUUAUAGCGCUUUGCUCAGUGCCGUUGGAGAAGCAAACGUAUCCUUGGCCAGAGCCGUAAAUAUCACUGGAUUGCAUAACGUCCUGGAUGUUGCAGCGGAGCACAGUUUGCGAUUGUUUGUGCCUAGCACGAUUGGAGCUUUUGGACCUACUUCUCCCCGGAAUCCAACUCCCGAUCUCUGUAUUCAGAGGCCCAGGACUAUCUACGGGGUGUCCAAGGUCCAUGCGGAGCUCAUGGGAGAAUAUUUUCAUUACCGGUAUGGGUUAGAUUUCCGAUGCCUGAGAUACCCUGGAAUCAUCUCCGCGGACUCCCAGCCUGGUGGAGGAACAACUGACUAUGCAGUCCAGAUCUUUCAUGAUGCUAUAAAGAAUGGCAAAUUUGAAUGCAACCUGAAAUCCAACACGCGGCUCCCAAUGAUGUAUAUUGAUGACUGUCUGAGGGCCACCCUGGAAGUGAUGGAGGCCCCGGCAGAGUCCCUCUCCAUGAGGACCUACAACGUCAGUGCCAUGAGCUUCACUCCUGAGGACCUGGCCCAGGAGCUUCUCAAGCACAUUCCAGAAUUCCAGAUCACGUACAAGGUGGAUUCUGUUCGACAGGCCAUAGCGGAUAGUUGGCCGAUGAACUUUGAUGACAGCAAUGCUCGGAAGGACUGGGGGUGGAAGCACGACUUUGACCUUCCAGAGCUGGUGACGACGAUGUUGAACUUCCAUGGCUCUGAUACCAGAGUUGCCCAGGCUAACUGAAGGAAUCCUAAUGGAGAGCUCCUAUAUCCUGGACAGCUGUCAAGGGAAAACCAUAACGACCCCAAGGUUAUAGACCCUGAGGAACCUAGAUUAUGAGAGGUGGAAGGACUGAUUGGAGGACAUUUUGGCAGCUCAUAUUGAAUUGCCAGAUUGGAGAAUCAAGUUGGCUUUUGCAUUUUCAAAGUGCUGUAGGUUUGGUGGUAGAACUUCCCAAUCUUUGCUGUUUGGCUAAACUUACCCAAACACACAUAUCACAGAAUGAAGGCUUAAGUCAUCAUAGUUUCCAUUUAGUUAAUUAAGAUGAAGUGACCAUUUUGGGGAAAGUGGAAGUAUGUGAUGUUUGUCUUUAAUUAAAUUUAAUUUACGUAUCA